AUGGGAUGCACACGAAGUUUUGCUUAUUGCAUCAAAGAUCUCCUUCUCAUCCACAAGAUUGGAAAGGAGAUCGGUGACAUAGAAAGAAGGCUCAACGAGAUCUCAUCCAACAGAUCAGAUUAUGGCAUCAACAAUAUACUAGGAUGUGGAGAAGCUUCGUCUUCCUCAAAUCCAAGCCAGACGUCAAGGGAGAAGAGGGUUCCCAUCGCCGAGGAAGCUGUUGUGGUUGGUGUUGAAGAUGAGACAAAGACACUGGUGGGGCGGUUGAUUGAAGGAGAUGCGCGGCGUGCUGUCAUUUCGAUCACUGGUAUGGGAGGAAUAGGUAAGACUACUCUCGCUAAGAAAGUAUACAAUAACAUCGAUGUAAAGAAGAAUUUCGAUUUUCAUGCCUGGGUGUCUAUGUCUCAAGAACAUCAACUGCGAGAGAUUUUCUUGAGCAUUGUAAAAUCUCUUGGACAAGAUGAAAGGGAGACUACGCCUGAGGAAGACUUGCGUAAGCAGCUAUAUGAGAGCUUGGAAGGGAAGAAAUAUCUGGUGGUAAUUGAUGAUAUAUGGACUAGAGAGGCUUGGAAUGGUUUGGUCUCUGCAGUUCCAAAUAGGCAAAAGGGUAGCAGGGUGCUGCUUACCACUCGCAAGGAAGAAAUAUCUAAGUAUGCAGAUGCACAGAGCACGCCCCAUAAAAUGCAUUUUCUUAAUGAAAGUGAUAGCUGGGCAUUGUUCUGUAAGAAAGCACUUCCUGGAAAUCUUUCUCCUCCAUGCCUUCUAAAUUUUGGAGGAGUUGGGGAGAAAGAUUGUUGCGAAAUGUAA